AUAAUUUUCAAGAACACAUGGAAAAAGUCUUGGUCAUACCCUCUUCUUCCCCAAAGAACUAUGCAAAUGAAACGCUGGAGACUGAGAUCGAGGCUCUCAAGGCGGAGCUGCUCUUCAUGAAGAAGAACCAUGAGGAGGAAGUAAAGGGUCUACAAAACCAGAUUGCCAACUCUGGGCUGACUGUGGAGUUGGAUGCCCCCAAACCUCAGGGCCUCAGCAAGAUCACGGCAGACAUCCGGGCCCAGUAUGACGAGCUGGCUCAGAAGAACCGAGAGGAGCUGGACAAGUACUGGUCCCAGCAGGUUGAGGAGAGCACCACAGUGGUCACCACGCAGACCGCUGAGAUAGGAGCUGCUGAGAUGACCCUCACAGAGCUGAGGCGCACCGUCCAGUCCCUGGGGAUCGACCUGGAUUCCAUGAGAAACCUGAAGGCCAGCUUGGAGAACAGCCUGAGGGAAGUGGAGGCCCGCUACGCCAUGCAGAUGGAGCAGCUCAACGGAGUCCUCCUGCACCUGGAGUCAGAGCUGGCCCAGGCCCGGGCAGAGGGGCGACGCCAGACCCCGGAGUAG